AUGGACGAGCUUUUUAACCAGAGUGGAGAAGUAAACAAAAGUGUGCCGAGUGAUCAGUACUUUCAUUUCGAAGACAUCGACGUGGGCGCAGAUGGCACCCCCAUCCUCAGAAUCCUCAUCUCAGUGGUGUACUCCGUGGUUUGUGCGGUGGGUUUGGUGGGCAACCUUCUUGUGCUUGUCCUCAUGAGACUACGACAGGGUCGAAAGAGGUCCUCGAUUAAUGUUUUCAUUACCAACCUGGCAGUGACUGACUUCCAGUUCGUGCUGACUUUGCCCUUCUGGGCAGUGGACACCGCACAAGACUUCAGCUGGCCGUUUGGAAACGCCAUGUGCAAAAUCAUCCUCUCUGUCACCGUGAUGAACAUGUACGCGAGUGUGUUUUUCCUCACUGCCAUGAGUGUGACCCGCUACCAGUCCGUCACCACUUCUCUCAAAAGAAGAUCCUGCAGGACCACCCGGCACGUGAAGUGGGUCUGCGCAGUGCUGUGGGUGGCCGCGACUGUCGCCACUGCGCCCACGGCGAUCUUCUCCACCGUGACGGUGGUCGCUGGAGAGAAACUCUGCCUGCUGCGAUUCCCGGAAGGGCACGACUGGCUGGCGCUCUACCACGUCCAGAAAAUACUGGUCGCCUUCGUCAUCCCCAUGGUCAUGGUCUCCAUCAACUACCUGAUGCUGCUGCGCUAUGUGAAGCGCAGGAGCAUCAAUGGCAGCAACCCCAAACUGAGAUCCAGAGUCACCAAAUCCGUCGCUAUAGUCGUGCUGUCGUUUUUCUGCUGCUGGAUGCCUAAUCACGCCAUCACAUUUUGGGGUGUUUUGGUGAAAUUCAACGCGGUCAGCUGGAAUAAGUCGUACUACGUGGUGCACACUUACGUGUUCCCUCUAACUGUGUGUUUGGCGCACGCGAACAGUUGCCUGAACCCGAUUCUUUACUGUCUGAUGCGGCCAGAGAUCAGGAAGAUGCUGGGAGGUUUGCUCUGGCGCCGCUGCCCUCCUUCCACCAAGGACGGCGCGACGCGCACUAUUACGCACGACGAGGUGCAUGGAGUUGUGCCGCUCCAAAUCACAGACCAUGUUCACUACACGCUGUCCAUCAUUGACCGUAAAGGCAUGUCAAACUCUGAUCUGAAUUCUCGCAGACGAUGA